AUGGUUUGUAUUUUUUGCUUGAACCCCAUAUCCAGUUUUUACUGCUCUCCAGAAGUUUCACCUACUAGAAUCUACAAAAGACACUUCAGCCUUAACAUCCCCAAGCCAGAGCUCAUCUACCAGCUGCCCCUCUUCCUUCUCCAAAAUUUACCCUCCAGAAACCCUGCUUUCCCUUAUGUUUUGGUAGAUGACAUGUUCUUCCACCCAGGCCCUCAAGGUAAGAUUUCAGAUUCAAUCUUCACCCCUCCUAUUUUCCUUAUUCAACUGGUCACCAAGUUCUAUUGUUUCUACCUCAAAAAAGGUAUUUUCAGAUGUGGCUCUCCCUUUUCAUCUCGUCUGUUACUGUCUAAUUCAGUAGAGUGGUCCCCUCCGUACGUGUAG